AAGAUGAGGAACGUAAUAAUUUCAGCGCUUCUGGCGGUCGUUGCUGUGGUGUCAGGAUACGUGGAGGAGCUCGAUGAGAAGUAUUGCCUCAGAGUUUAAUAUUCAUGGAUAUCCAACGAUAAAACUCUUUAAAGGAGAGCUGUCUUUUGACUACAAAGGACCACGAACAAAAGAUGCUAUUAUAGAAUUCACCAAUAGAGUUGCAGGACCUACGGUAAGACAUCUCUCUAGUGUACAGUUGUUCCAGCAUGCCAUGAGUCAUCAUGAUCUUUUCUUUGUCUACAUUGGAGGGAAGUCGCUCCUUAAGGCACAAUACCACAAAGUUGCAACUGAGUAUAUUAUCCACACAUAUUUUUUCUCUGCCUCUGUGGACGUUCUUCCAAAAGCAGUGACUCUUGAUGAAGUUCCUGUCAUUGCUGUUUUUAAAGAUGGGACGUACUACCUGUACAACGAAGUUCUUGAUGGUGAUCUGUCGCCCUGGGUAAACCGAGAACGCUUUCCCUCUUACUUCCAAAUUGAUAACUUCAGUCUCUACCAGAUGGGAGAACUAAGUAAACUUGUGGCAUUGGCAGUAGUAGAUGAGAUGACGCCAUCUGAAGAAAGCAUUCUUUACAAAACUCUGAUUGAAAGGUUAUCUACAGAAUACAGAGAUCAAUACAAAAACGAUUACCAGUUUGGUUAUGUGACUGAUACUGAAUACAUCAACGGAAUUAUUAUGGGAGAAAUCAUGAUGCCAUCCAUCAUUGUGUUGAACAUGUCCGUUGAUGGAUACUUUCUACCAGGAAGUAAGAUUGAGACCAUUGAGGAUGUAAUUCACUUUCUCAACAGUGUAUUGAGGGGCAGUGUAAAGUUACUCGGAGGAAAUGGAAUAUUGCAGCAAACUAAAAGACUUUUCUAUAAAACAAAGUCUACCGUGGUGACGUUGUUCCAGACAGCUCCGGCCUUCUGCUGUGUUGUGUGUGCACUGCCAGUGGGUAUAGUUGUAAUAAUUAUCUGGGGUACGUGUACCGCUCUACCAGCAGAUGACGAGAGACUUGCUGAAGAAGCCACAAGCAGCGCUGCAUCUGAUGGCAAGAGGGCAAAAUUAUUACAACCUGACAACAGAGAAAAAACCUCAGAAGAAAAGAAAGAGGAUUAAUGUGGAAUGUGAUUAUAGGAUUGUGUUGACAAUGUUGUCAUAUACAUACUACUGCUGUUCUCAUUUCAUUUUAUAAAUUAUUCCAAAGCCCUGUCAUUGGUCUGUAUAUUCCAUUUUUACGGUCAUGAGUCCAACUUUCUAACCAUUAGGCCACGACUGCCUGAAAAAAAAGGUUUAUUGCUUCUGUAUAGGCUAUUCAGUGGUGAACAGUACUUAAGUAGUUUUACUCUGUCUGUUCUGUUCUGUAGUUUUUACUUUGAAAUUUUUUACUUCACUAUUCACCAUUUUUUAUUCAAUUUAUCCUACAUUUCAUACAAAGUAAAUACAUUUUACCUGUAAUACUUGAAUACAUAAAACUUAGUACUUUCUUACUUUUACUCGAAUAAUAUUUCUGAGUAAAAAUACUUGAGUAAAAGUAAGAACUGCUACAUUUUUAACUUACUGAAGUAUUAAAGGUAAAACGACAUGCAUUUAUGAAAUGUAAUUGAGUAAAAGUAUAUAUGCUUUAGUAAAUAAAUUACCUGAAAAUUUUCUUGAGAUUAAAAUAGUACUGUCCUGGCUAUAUUUAUUUACCCUUAUUUUCUUCGUUUUCAAUAGCAUGAACUAU